CUCUCCAGCUGGAAUGACUCCCCCCCUCUCCACUCAGCUCUCUCUCAUCCCAUAACACUGCAAGCAGAGAGGCGAGCUUCUGCAACUCCUUUUAAACUUUCUCUUUGACUCUUUAGAAACUUAGUUCUCGUUGGAACCAUGCUUUGGCCGCUGUGCGUAAUCGUCGCCUUUGCGUCCUGGCCGGCUGAUGCGCAAAUAUCCAGCCGGUACGCCAUCGGAUGUCCCGCUCGGUGUGACAAGUCGAUGUGUCCCCGGCUUCCAACGGACUGCCAGGCGGGACAGACCCUCGACGCCUGCCACUGCUGCCCGGUGUGCGCCUCCGGUGAGGGCGAAGCGUGCGGCGGCAGCGGGAAGCUCGGGGACCCGGUGUGCGGAGAGGGGCUGGAGUGCUCGGUCUCCGGCGGGGUGGCGUACACUGUUACGGUGAGGAGGAGAAGCAAGAGCGGGAUCUGCGUGUGCAAAGCCACCGACCCGGUGUGCGGAAGCGAUGGGGUGUCCUACCGGAAUAUCUGCGAGCUGAAGAGGGUGAGCCGCCGGGCGCAGAAGCUGCAGCAGCCACCUGUUCUGUUCAUUCAGCGGGGAGCCUGCGGGAAAGCUCAGGACAACCCAGACAGCCCGAGGCACAAAUACAACUUCAUCGCCGACGUGGUGGAGAGAAUUGCUCCGUCUGUGGUUCACAUUGAACUUUACCGCAAGAUGACCUAUUCCAAGCGUGAGGUGGCAGUGGCCAGUGGUUCUGGUUUUGUUGUGUCAGAAGACGGCCAGAUUGUGACCAAUGCCCACGUGGUGGCCAAUAAACACAGAGUGAAAGUGGAGCUGAAGAGCGGCGCCUCCUACGAUGCCAAAAUCAAAGACGUGGACGAGAAAUCCGACAUCGCCCUCAUCAAGAUCGAGGCACCGACCAAGCUGCCGGUCCUGUUGCUGGGCCGAUCGUCAGACCUGAGACCAGGGGAGUUUGUCGUGGCUAUCGGCAGCCCGUUUUCCCUCCAGAACACGGUCACUACAGGGAUCGUCAGCACCACCCAGCGAGGGGGCAGAGAGCUCGGCCUCCGCAACUCCGACAUGGACUACAUCCAGACUGACGCCAUCAUCAAUUAUGGCAACUCCGGAGGACCUCUGGUAAAUCUGGACGGAGAAGUGAUCGGGAUCAACACCCUGAAAGUGACGGCCGGCAUCUCCUUCGCAAUCCCCUCAGACAAGAUUCGACAGUUCCUGGCCGAGUCAUACGACAGGCAGUCCAGAGGGAGAACAGACACUAAGAAGAAGUAUAUCGGUGUGAGGAUGAUGACUCUCACUCCAGCCUUGGCCAAAGAGCUGAAGACUCGCCACCGUGACUUCCCUGACAUCACCUCUGGAGCUUAUGUUAUGGAGGUCAUCGCGAAGACACCAGCUGCAACCGGUGGACUCAAAGAGCACGACGUCAUCAUCUCAAUCAACGGCCAGAGGAUUUCAACAGCAACCGACGUCAGCGCCGCCAUCAAGAAAGACAGCACCUUGCGAGUCGUCGUCCGCCGUGGCAACGAGGACGCCAUCCUCACCGUUGUUCCCAUGGAGAUUGACCCUUGACCCUCCAUAAAUCACCCCACAGGAGCUGGAGCUAGGUUUUUACUUAUCACCAGUGGACCUUAUAUCAGAGGGGAGGGGGGUUCCUACUGACACACCCUCUUCCCUGUGGCCCAAAAGGCCAGUGGCACCACACAUCCAGGAAAAUUCUGGCUUUGCCUUGAAAGGAACGACUGUACAGAUGCUCCAAAAGCGGCGCUGUACUUUGUUUUCCGUGUGUGUCUUCACUUUUAGUCUGUAAUGCUUUGAUCAAUGCUACUACUGUUCGGUCACAAACGUAAAAAAGUUGGCGUAGUGUUUUCAUCCGCUUUCUCGUCUUAUGUCUAUUUUUUUUUUAACAUGGACUUUUGCUCAGUCAGGCCCUUCCACUGCAAUUUUAUGCAAUUUAGAGACUCACUGAGCAAAUCUGAUUUGUAUAAUUGUUGUUCCUAAACUCCUUUUAAAAGUACUGUAGAUUGUUUUUGUUGAUUAUGUGAUGUAAACUGAAAAGAAAAUAAAGGGUUUACCUUCAUUUGUCACUCAG